CUGAAAUAACUACUAUAAUGCAAAUAUCAAUGGUUCAACCUGUUUUCAAGUUAGAAUUAAAUCAUAAAGUAACGCCGAGUGUUGUAAUAAUAGCAAAAUACGAUGGUACACACCCAUGCUUAACUGCGUCUGCUGGUUAUGAUAAAAUAAUAAUUCACCAUCCAUACGGAGGAAUAACCAGCGGGCGAGCUCAGCGCUCCCACGCACAUGGAGAGGUAUCAGAAUUAAACGUCAGCCAGGCGGUGGUAGCUCUUGCCGCUGGUCCACUGAGACCUGAUUGUACCAGAGAUAUGCUAUUAAUUGGAUCACCAACUCAGAUACUUGCGUACGAUGUUCACGAUAACUCUGACCUAUUUUUCAAAGAAGCCCAAGAUGGUGUUAAUGUUUUGGUAACUGGCAGUUUCGGAAAAAGCAAUGAAAUGCUCGUUAUUGUGGGCGGCAACAGCUCAGUGCAGGGUCUCAGCUGGGAGGGAAAUGAGGUGUUCUGGAAUGUGGUCAGUGGCAAAGUAACAUCAAUGGUUACGUUCGAUUUUGAUAAAGAUGGUGAAAAUGAGUUGUUAAUAGGAUGUGAUGAUUUUUAUAUCAGAGUGUUAAAAAACAAUCAGUUUAUUAUGGAGCUUGCAGAAACAGGUUCCGUAACCUGCCUGUCUCCCAUCACUGAAGUAAGAUUUGCUUACGGACUCGCUAAUGGCACAAUUGGUAUUUACGAAGAAGGGUUACGACUGUGGAGAGUUAAGUCAAAACAGAAUGCGAUAGCUCUGCAAUGGUCCGGGGAGUCGCUGGCGUGCGCGUGGGCGAAUGGCCGACUGGACUGGCGCGACGGGGCGUCGGGCCGCGUGCUGCGUCGCGUGCAGAUGCGCGCCGGCGCAGCUGCCAUGCUUCUUGCUGACUACCGCUCUCUCGGCGCACCGGAUCUCGUCUGCGUGUCUGAUAGAGGCGAAGUGUUAGGAUACCCACCUUACCAUGAAAGCGUUGGAUUCAACGCGACUUCAAAGAAGGUUCCAUCGGAAGAGGACCGACUAGCGAUCACAGAACUGCUAAACAGAAAACAAAUGCUGAUGGUGGAAAUGCAACAUUACGAGGCAAAUGCGGCCAACGAGGAUUUGGAGGAACGCCCUGCUACUGCCAUGCCAACUAACACGCGGCUUCAAGUCGCUGUCACUCCCAAUGUUGAUGAGGGUUGCUUGGAUCUGGCGAUAUCGACGAAUAAUGAAACAAUCGUUAGAGCGGCUUUAGUACUGGCUGAGGGAAUAUUCGAGAGUGGGGAGACUUUAGCUCGACAUCCCCCAGUAAAUAGCUUGCGUUCCAUACUGUAUGCGCCGCUGAGACCGCCCAGAGAUGUUCCUGUUGAUGUACAUAUUAAGGCGUUAGUUGGUUACGCCGAAAGUGAACAAUUUCAUAUCUUCGAGCUCACAAAACACCUACCAAGGUUUGCGAUGUAUAGAUCAGCGCCAUCUACAUUAUCAAAAACCAAAUGCGAUAAUUUCGUAACAUUUCGAAUCACAGAACGUAUUCAGAGAAUAUGUAUUUGGAUUAACCAGAACUUUCUAUUGGAUGAAGAAGUGGCGAUCGAAAAUGAAGAUUUAAAAGAACUUAACAUUACAUUUUUAAGUUUAAGAGAUAAGUCUCGAUUGAAUAUGAGUUUUGCAGCGGAUGGACAAGUCAAAUUUGCAACUCCUGAUAUAGGUUUAGCUGGUGAUUUGAUACAGAGUUUGGCAAUUUACUUGAACUUGGCUGAUUUGCAGUCAACGGCUCACUUUCCUGAAACCGAAGAUAAACUCCGCGAAGAAAUGGAAAAUGCGUCACAAGUAGGAGAGACAAGAUCUCGCCUAGCAGCUGAAACUGCAGAAAAAGCUCAAUUAAUAACUGCAUUAUUACCAGCAGCGCAAGAUGCAGCUUCCUAUGACUUAAAAGAAAUGUUAAACCGGUAUAAGGAAGUGAUUCUUUUAAACGAAGAAUUGUUAACUGGAUGCCACGUGCGGCGUGCCACUCAGGAGCAAGCUGUUAAGUCCCUUAAAAACUUACACAUAAUAUUACGACAAGCUGCACGAUUGAGAGUUGGAAAAUACAGCAAAGCUGUGAUCGCAGCUUGCAGGAAGGCAGUACAAGACAAUAAUACAGAAGCAUUAAUCAAGAUAUUACAAGCAGGAAAUUGUUGAAUUAAAACAAUAUUUUAAUU